AGCAAAACACAAAGUGGAGCACAAGCAGUCUGCUGAAAGAACCACGAUGGAACGUCUACUGGGCCUGAUUCUGCUUUCUUUGAUAGCACUUAGCGUCCAGGACGCGGCCAUCCACUGUCCAAAUGUCAAACUGGCGUCACCAUUUGACCUUAAACAGUUUUUGGGAACGUGGUACCAAAUUGCUCGUCUCCACACGUUCGACCCGAACCUGGGAAGCAGCGGAUUGACUCUCAGACCGAAGCUGUCGUCCUGCGUCCGACUCACAUUUUCGCUGAUGGACGACGGGAAUCUUCGCGUAGAGCGCACAGGUCUCGACCAAAACAACAAAACAGUCACUCAGGUCGGCAUUGCAGAGCAGAAUCAAAAUGAGCAUGCGAGAUUUUUCUUCAAGUACUCAGCCGCAACCGAGGAGGAACUAGGGGUUGUUGAAAUCGUUUACACCGAGCACGCUCUCCUGUACGGUUGUUACCUGACCCGGACAGGACACAUCAAGCAAGACGCUUGGAUUUUAGGUCGUGAGCCUCAAUUGCCGACCGUGACCGUCGACAUCCUCCAAGGAACAUUGCGCAGCAGACACGUCAACGUGAAUAACUUCAGAUCGGUUAGCCAGGAGGAAUUUUGCAAACAAACCAUUCCCGACAACUCCACCUUGACUAUCGACGAACAUCUUUGAUUUUUUAUUUGCUCGACGAGAUGUGAGGAUUUUGUUGCAAAUGAAAAUUCUUAGGCGUUUUUCUUACUUUGUAACUUACAAGUAUUUUAAAUUUUUAUUCUCUACAAAGCAAAUGUUUCAUGGUGUGUUUUGUUUGUCUCUUGUAUAGUAAAUUCACAGAACGUAGAAAAUUAUAGAAUACAUUAACUUGCACUCUUGUACACGA